CCAAGCACACCCCCAAGCUUCUUCUCUCUUCAGUUUCCCAUUGAAUCACAUCAAUCAACAACAGCACCAUCAACAAAUCAGUUACAACGUACGACCUAUCUUGACGUCGUACGAUUUUUGAUCUCAACAAACCCUCUGCCUACAAGCAAUCACAACUAUCAACAUGUCAGAACCACUCACCAAGGUCGAUUCCGCCGUCCAGGGCCUGUCUUCGUCCCCCAAGGACACUAAGAGCUCGGCAGCUGCUCGGAGAGCAAGCUCAGCAGCCGCCAGCGGCGUGUACAACAUCAAGGACCUAGAGGAGCAAAAGAUUGAGAUUGAAAUUGCCAAGGAGACCCAACGGACGGGGUGGAAAGUCAACACCUCGCCAUCAACAGUCGAGGACAAGGAAGUCCUCAAGAAGCUCCUAACCACACCUCCAAUCAAGAAGAUUGACCUGCACUUCCCCUUGGGCCUUGAGGUCACAGCAAGAAACCUCAAGGGAGUCACAAUCAAGGAUGCCAUGGAUGCCAUCCACAAGGCAUACAAGAAGAGGGCCGAUGACGAGCUAGACCAACCAUACCUGGCUGGCUUUGAGUGGGACAAGGAGGAGUGCUGGACACGAUUCAUUGUGCACCUAUCGAAGGACAGCGGAGUCCAGGCUAACGCCGGGGGCAAGAAGAAGAAGAAGGCUGCUGCUGAGGAGUAAGCCAUUGAUGCUGCUCACCGCAAGCUGGGAUGCCUGAUAUUGGAAACCAAGUUGGUCAUUACGCAAACAAUAACCUUUAUUGGGCAAGUCCCAUCCUCUAUCCUUGUCAUCGACCGAUGUGUGGAUCUAGUUACUUUCUCAUGUAUCUCAACACAAGUUCUCGGAGAGGAGAGGAAUCAACCUUUUGAGAUAUAGUUAUUUGAACAGCAUUAUCAAGCUGUUCCUAGGCUCCCAGCUUGCAUGUUCUUGGUUGUGUUGUGAUGUUCCUAGUCAAUUCCUCGAUGACGUAUGAUGAUCGAUCAGUGUUCUGG